CUUCCAAAAAAAGACUUGAUAGAAGAAACAAACUUCGGACUUUCUUCUAUAGACGAGGGAGGCGCUAAAGUUGGGGGAAGUUUCUUCCCAAACCCCUAAAUUGAAAAAUUAAAAAAGCGCAAAAUUACCCCCUCCCAUUCUCAUCUUUCUCUUCCCUAAAAUCAUCUUUGCAAAACCCUCGCUCCUCAAAACUCUACCCCUCUGCCGUUCUUUGUUUCUUCUUCGUUUUUUGCUUAUAAACGUAUCAGUAUUCAACCCUAUUGACAUUCGAUUAAUAUUUGUUGAUAAUCCACUCUUUCUUUCACACAACGCAUUUUGUUUUCUAUUUUUCUUGUGUUCUUGUUGUGGUUCCAAUCCGUUUUGGAGAUGGUCUCUGGUUCGCGAAUCGAAGGGGGGAACGGGACACAGAAUUUAUCAGCUGGUGUUCGUAGAACGAUUCAAUCGAUCAAAGAAAUCGUUGGUGAUCAUUCGGAUGCUGAUAUUUACUCUGCCCUUAAAGAGGCCAAUAUGGAUCCUAACGAGACUACUCAGAAAUUGUUAAAUCAAGAUCCAUUUCAUGAAGUUAAGAGGAAAAGAGAUAAAAAGAAGGAGGUUACACCAUUCAAGGCACCUGUGCCUAUAAAACCAAGAAAGCCCACUGAACAACCAGUUCAAGAGAUAAAGCCCAAUACAUAUCAAGAACGUAACCCUAGAAGGCCAGGCUAUAAUUGGAAUAAUGCACCUGAUACAAGAGUAAGUAGACAGUUUCGUGUUGUGAGAGACAACAGAAUCAAUCAAAACAGACAUAGAGAUAUGAAGCCUCCUGCUAAACCCUCAGUAGCUGUCCCCACUAAAGAGCCACUAAUCUCAAACGUGUCUGGAAAGAGCUCCACAGAGACUUCCAAAAAUCCAGAGCAAAAUUCUUCUCAAUCCCAAAACAUUCCACUUGAUUCUUCACUCCCCAAAGAAGUAAAGACAGUUAGUUCAAGUGGUAAGAGACCUGUAGUUUCUAAUGUGAUGCCACCUGUCCAACAAGCAACAAAAACACAUGAUCCACAACAAUCUUCUGUGACAUCACCAAACAGUUCAGUAGUAGGAGUGUAUUCUUCUUCUUCAGACCCUGUUCAUAUCCCCUCUCUUGCAUCCAGACCAGCUGCAAAUGUUGGUGCCAUAAAACGUGAAGUAGGGGCAGUUGGUGUAAGGCCACGUCACACAUCUUCUGAAAACUCUCAAUCAGGAAGAGAAGGGCAAUUUAGGUCUUUUCCUGCCAUUUCUAAGACUGAACAACCAUCUCACUCAAAUGUCUCUGAAUCAGUGCCUAAUGUAUCUGCUGGAAGUGGAAGAUCCUUUAAUAAUCAGUAUAGCAACAGACCACAUCAACAACUUGUCACUCAUCAGAAAGCCCCUCAAGCAAAUAAGGAAUGGAAACCAAAAACAAGUCAAAAACCAAGUGUUACUGAAGUGGGAGUUAUUGGAACACCAAAAAAGACCACAUCUACCCUUGCCAAUAAUUCCAAGGACAUGACCACAGAAUCAGAUAAAUUACCAAAUUCAAGCACAACACACGAGGAUCAAAACGUCAUUAUCGCAGCACAUAUUCGUGUUUCCGAAACCGACCGUAUUCGCCUCACUUUUGGCAGCCUCGGAAUCGAGGAUUCCCCCCAGAAUUCUGGAUUCCAAGGUGUUGAAGUGUCACAUGCUGAACAACCUAUUAUGGCAAGUUUAUCCGCCAGCUCAUCACCAGUCUCUUCAGACGAACCAUCUGGUGGGACCCACAUCGAGUCGGUAGACGAACCUGUCCCAAGUUCCGGUUCCGGUUCCGUUUCCCCUGUUUCAGAACAACAAUCGAAUGAAAGACUGGAGUCUUCAAGUUCACAAAACAUGGAAAAUUACACAAAUAUUAGACUUGUGAGACAGAACAGCCCUUCAUAUGCACCUUCAGAGCCACAUCAGCAGCAACCACCCCCUUCAGAUUUGCCAAGUUUUUCACAGGCGUAUGAUCCUCAAACUGGAUAUGAUAUAUCGUAUUUCAGACCAGCUACUGAUGAAUCAGUCAGGGGUCAGGUGCUUCAAGUCCCUCAAGAGGGAUUUACUUCUCAUGUUGCUAACACCAUUCCUGCAACCACAAUUCCCAUGGUACAACAACAGCAACAACAACAACAACAACAACAAGUGGCUCAAAUGUAUCCACAAGUUCAUCUUCCUCACUUUGCUAAUCUAAUGCCAUAUCGCCAAUUCCUUUCCCCUGUUUAUGUCCCACCAAUGGUGAUGCCGGGGUACUCUAACAACCCUACAUACUCCCCCCACCCUCACCCCCACCCCCACCCCCACCCCCACCCCUCUAGUGGUAGUAGCUACCUCCUCAUGCCUGGAGUCAACCCUCCUCCUCAUGUAAAUGCAAACGGAAUGAAAUACGCGAUUCCACAGUAUAAAUCUCUCCAAGCUGGCAGCCCUACUGGAUUUGGGAACUUUACUAGUCCUAAUGGCUACGCAUUAAACACUCAUGGAGUUGUUGGAAGUGCCUCCGGAAUUGAUGAUUCCGCCCGGCUUAAGUACAAAGAUGGGAAUGUUUAUGUCCCAAAUCCUCAGGCGGAGACAUCUGAACUUUGGAUGAAUCCAAGGGACAUUCCGAGUCUACAAUCAGCAUCAUACUACAACAUGGCGGGACAAACGCCACAUGGCGCGUAUCUGCCUUCACACACUGCACACGCGUCAUUUAAUGCAGCGGGACAAUCUUCUCAUAUGCAAUUCCCGGGGUUAUACCACCCGCAACAACCGGGUGCUAUUGCCAGCCCCCACCAUAUGGGCGGCAAUGUUGGUGUUGGAGUGGCGGCAGGGGCUCCCGGAACCCAAGUUGGUGGUUAUCAGCAACCGCAGUUAGGUCAAAUGAGUUGGACAGGGAACUUUUGAGAGGAGAAGGGUGGUUAUGGAUAUGGAUAUCGGGUUUUUAUUAUUGUAUGGGGAUUGAAUUUUAGUUAUAGAAGUGUUUUUUUUUUUGUUCUUUUUUUCUUUUUCGUGUUUUGUUUAUGAAAAAAAUGGU